AUGCCGGAACCGAAGGCGGCGAUCGCCCAGCGGAUUCCGGAACCGUCGUCGGAAACGGACCGCGCCGACGACGCGGUCGCGCUGGUCGGCGGGCCGGACGAGGUGCUGAUCGACACGGAUGACGCGACGGCGGACGCUCGCGCCUCGAACCUGCCCGAGCGCCUGAUCGUGGACCGCAUGGUGGGGCAGAUCAACGGCAAGCCGAUCUACGCGAGCGAGUUCUUCCGGUCGAUGGACGCACGCCUGCGCGCCGAAGCGCAGAAGAUGCCGCCGCGGGAAUGGCUCGACUUUGUCUCGGGCCAGAUCGACGCGGAGCUGGCGGACCGCCUGACGAACGAGCUGCUGCUCGCGGAGUUCCAGUCGGCGCUGACGCUGGAAGAGCGCCAGGGUGUGCUCGGGUUCCUCGCGUACAUCCGCGAGAACAUCCGCCGGCAGAACCAGGGCUCCGAAGCCCGGGCGGAGGAGCGUCUGCUCCGGACCGAGGGGCUGACGCUGGACGAGAAGAUCGAGCAGCAGAAGGAGCAGCAGUUCAUCUACGAGCAGGUUCGCCGCGAGAUCAAGGCGCGCGUGAACGUGAGCUACCGGGAUAUCCGGCAGCGGUACGAGCGCGACGCGGAGAUGUACACGACGGAGGCGGAGGCCGUGCUGCGGCUCAUCCGCGUUCCGGCGGACGACGCGGAGGCCGUCACUUCGGUGACCGAGGCGCUCGCGCGGGGUGAGGCGCCGGCGGACGUCGCCGGCGAGUUCGGGCUCUACAACGCCGCGCAGAACGGCCUGCUCCGGAAGGAGCUCGGCGCGACGGCGUACAGCGAGGCGAGCAUCUUCCCGGCGCCGGAGAUGAACGGGCCGGCGCAGGCCCUUGCGGUCGGCGAGACCGUCGGCCCGAUCGAGUACCGCGGGAGCGUGUACUGGAUCCACCUCGAGAGCAUGCGGGCGCCGGAGAAGACGUCGCUCUACGACACCCAGCUGCGGAUCGAGCAGCAGAUCCGCGCCGAGCGUGAAACGGAAGAGCGGCGGAAGUACUUCUUCGAGCUGCUCGAGAACGGCAGCUUCAGCGACUCGCGUUCGAUGAAGCGCGAGCUUCUGGAGUUCGCGGCCGAGCGGGGCUGGCUCGGCGCAUUCCGUCGGCCGCUGUCGCUGGGGGCGCGGGGCGAGCGCGUGGCGGCGGGGCACCUGCGUUCGCGCGGGUACCGGGUGAUCCUGAAGAACGUGCGCACGAAGACUGGAGAGCUGGAUCUGGUGGCGCUCGCGCCGGAUCGGGAGACGGUCGUGGUCGUCGAGGUGAAGGCGAAGCUCGUGCGCCCGGGCUCGGACGCGCCCCCGCCGGAGGCGUCGGUGACGGCGCACAAGAAGAGGGAUGGACGGAUCGUCCGGUGCGGAUCGACGUGA